CUCAGUUUUGGUAUUAAUAUUUCUUCAUAUUUUUUAUAGUAUCUUACCGUGUAUCCAUCGGGUCCUGGGCUUUUCCCAACUAUAGUACUUUUUAAUGCUAUAUGUAUUUCUUCUUGUGUUAUUUCUAUUUCCAGAUUUUAAUUGUUCAUCACUUAAUUUCGAUAAUCCCGCCUUUUUUUAUAUAUGUCUGUCAUCUUUCUAUUUUUCUUACUUCAUCUUCUCCUUUGGUACCAUGGGGCAUAAUAUUGUAUAACUUAUUAUAAUAUUCUUUAAACACUUUUGCUAUAUCUUUAGUUGAGUACACUAGUUCUCCUUUAUCAUCUCUUAUUUUCUCUAUAUAAUUCCUAGAUUU